AUGGCUACUCCGAUCUCCAAAAAUGUCACCAACCUUGUUGGAACAUGGAGCUUGAAUAGGAAGCUCUCCGAUGAUCCCGAUCAAAUAUUUGCUGUGCAAGGUGUACCAUGGAUUACCCGGAAGGUCCUCCGUUUUGCCAACCUCACUUUGCAAAUCAGCCAGUCGGUUUCAUCGUCGGACGCUAGCAGCGAAGGCGCAACCGACUCCUCAUCUGACAUCAGCUCAGUCACGACACUGCACAUUAAGCAGACCAUCCAUCCUGGUGGAUUCAAUAGUGAAACAACCUAUCCUGUAAACGGAGUUGGGCAAGACAUGUCACUUCCAAUCUUUGGGGAUAUCAACAUGCUGUUGCGGUACAUAAAUACCGCAGAGAUCAAGGACGAUGUGCUUCGUCAGGGACUGGAAGACGGAUGUUCCUCAAACAUGGUUAUUGAUGAGGCUGCUUAUAACACGAAGAUGGAUUGGACUGCGCAAGUGGUUUGGGGGUUUGAGAUGAUCAAUGGGAAACGAUACUUCACCCGUAACGUCAUUACGUCGAAGAACUCCCAGAAGAAUGAGCCGGUUGUUGCUCGAAUGGUCUAUGAUUACCAAUGCUAG